CCAAGCGAGUUAGAGAAUAUCCUGCGCGCCCAGCCGGAUGGGCCUAUUGUCGAUGCAUGCGUCGGCGGGGUGCCCGGCGGAAGGACGUCGGACGAGAUGAUUUCGCGGGCUUGGGUUGUGCUGAGCGACAAGGGCAAGCGCAAAGGAGCUGAAGAGGCCAUUAUAGUGUUAGGGGCGUGGGCGAAGAAUAAUCUGAGCUGGUACAAGCGUCUGCGGAGCGGAUUUGAGGUCGCAGACGAGGUAAUAUCUCGCUAUCUUUCAUUUUCUGGGUCUUUCUAA